ACUAACUGAGCUAUUCUCAUGAAACAAACUUAAGUAAAUUAAUCAGAAUAUUCUCUAAAAGUCUGGUGAAGGUCCCAAAAAAAUUUCCAGCUUUUUAGGGGUGAAAUACCCAAUAUAAUUCUAAAAGAUGGUCGUAGAAGGUCCUAAAACGCAAACUGUUAUUACCCAUAAAUUUACUAUAAAGAAAAUUGGACCUCUGGCCUUAGCUGACAUGCCAUAAAUUCAGCGACAGCACUCGGACUUUCACGUUGUCAAUUUUGUUUUUUUUAAAUUGGGAGUCUAUAAGUUCAGUAUUUCCUUUAUCAUUUAUUUCUCGUGAGCCAUAGAGUGUUUAUAAAUAAAACGCGAAAACAAAGCACCUGGAUCCCUGAGGCUAUUUUUAGCACCAUAACAGUGUUUCCAUCCAGACUGUGGACAUUAUUUAUUGUGGGGUCAAAAUAUCAACAAACUGGUUUUUAGAUUUGUGGUGUAAAAAUUUAAGUUAUCGCAAAGUUAGCAUGUCACCUAAGAAACAGCCCCAAUCAUUAAACAGCCUCACAAUUGAUGUUCUGUCAAACCGACUUAUAGAAGUGCUAAGUGAUGAUGAGGGCAUCUACAGCUCGGAUAUUCAAAAGUUUAUGGCCUCGUCCACUUCUGAUGGAUUACAGUCUUUACUCGAUAAAAUCUUAGGUUAUGUUAAUCUGGAUGCUAACACCCGGUAUAAUUGCCUGGAGGUUCUCCUACGGGAGGAUGUUAAAACCUUAGAAGUUGGAAUAUUUCCCAGGUUUUACUAUGUUAAGAUUUUAGACGUGAUUGCGCAACGUGGUACUGGACUGCAACACCUCAACCUUAAAGGAGUAUGGGCCAGAGACUACCCUCACCUCUUAACGCACUUACUGUUAAGCCUCAAAUUCCUCAAAACUCUGAUGAUACCUCAUAUGGCUGACGAUCGUGUGAUACAGGCCAUCGCUAGUUUACAGCACCUGGUUAAACUUGACAUAUCCGGCGAGGCUUGCUAUAGCUGUACAGGAAUUAGGUUACUUAAAAGUGCCUCGAUAAGAAUCCUGGAUAUCGGUAGCUUUGGAAAAUUGAACUUAUGCCAAGACGCUUGUAGUGGUUACGAGUUGGUGGCCGAAAUUCUGGAAAAUUUACCGAAUUUGAACGUGCUGAAGACCUACUCAUUUACCGGACAUUCUUUGUUACUUCUCUACGAGAAAAACAGCAAUUUCAAGACGAAAUUGACGUAUAUCCACGCGACAGAUUGCGAUUUAAAUGUCUUCACUGCCAUGACCGCAACUUGCCCUUAUUUGGAAAAUGUUCAUGUGAACUGUCCUCGGGAAGGGGUGGUGGCUCGACUGGGGGAUGUCGGAAGACUGUUAGCAGUGAAAAUUACCAAGGGGGAAGAAGUUGAACUGAAAACGUUCCUUCGAGACUCCAGAAGUCACCUUGACACCCUCAAGUUAAACCACAGCGGCGGCUCCCUGGACCUCUCGGAACUCUGCGAGUCCGCCCCCUACCUUAGCACCUUAGAAUGUUACCAGAUGCACCUCAAAUUCAUAAAUCCACUGACAUUCUUUAUGUGUUUGAAAAAAGUGCACAUUUUAUACUGUGAUAUUAGUGAUAACGUGGUGAAAACGCUGCUGAGCAACGCACCAUUCUUAAGAAGUAUAACGGUCGGAUGUCCGCUUGAAAUGACCGACGGCGAUAUGUUUAGGAUUUUAGCUGAAUGUACCCUGGAAAACCUGGAAGAGCUCUUGCUAAACGAUGCCAGAUUCUUAACAGUUUUUUCCGUAGAACUUUUGGCCGAUAAUUGUCCUAAUUUGCGUCUUUUGGGCUCCUUAACCGGCUGGGAGGUGACGCAGGAACAAAUCGACUCCCUAAGGGUCUUAUUGGCUUUAUCGAAUGUUGAUUUAACUCUAUGGCCCCAAACAUAACCUCUGAUUAUACUCAAUAUAUUUAUUAAUGUAAAGUAAAAUGUCUGUUUUGUCACUGAUAGAGGUAAUAAAGUUGAAAAUGUAUAA